GGACAAUAGAAAUUUAGAGAAUCCGGUGGUAUUCCCCGAAAAAAGUAGAGAUAUGAAAAUAAGUUCGAUCCAAGUGACAGCAGCAGCCGUGACGACAUAUCGCUAGCACUCACACUCGUCGCUCGAGCAACCAAAUAGACACAUACACCCAAAAGUACCCCGCCCCCCCUCCACCCUCCGCCUUCCGGUGAAUAUUUCGCUUGCGCGUUGCGGUCCGGUGGUUGCUGGUUCCGGCCAAGGAUAGAUAGAAUAAUAUCUCGAGACUAUAGUGCUGAUUACCAUUGGGGGCAUUACAAUCGUGUGGCAACAAGCAUCUUAGCUCCAGGACCAGCGGAAAGUGCGAGGAGACCCAAGAUACGGUGGUAGAGCCAUCAUCCGCACGAGUGCAGUAGCCUACUUUGCUGCUCCAGGAUAGUCUGGACAAACGAGCGGACGGUUCAGCGAACAGCGACAGCAACAACAACAAAAAACAGGAACGAUGGCUUCAUCGACAGGAGUUGUGGUUCCACGAAACUUUCGUCUACUCGAAGAGUUAGAAGCUGGUCAGAAGGGCGUGGGCGACGGUACAAUUUCCUGGGGUCUUGAGAACGAUGAUGAUAUGACUCUCACUCACUGGACUGGUAUGAUCAUCGGUCCCCCUCGGACUCCGUUCGAAAACCGUAUGUACUCACUUAAGGUCGAAUGUGGUGAGCGUUAUCCAGACGAGCCGCCAACUUUGAAAUUUCUAUCCAAGAUCAACAUCAACUGCAUCAACAGUCAGAACGGUGUGGUCGAUCACAGAAUGGUUCCCGUGCUGAGCAGAUGGAACCGCGAUUACACUAUUAAGACAAUUUUACAAGAAAUUCGUAGGAUUAUGACGCUAAAGGAAAACCUAAAGUUAACACAGCCACCAGAGGGUAGUUGCUUCUAGUGCUCUUAUACCAACCAACCAACCAACCCUGUGUAAUGUGUGAAAAAAGGGAAUUGUGGCUCGAUGGCUUCAAGGAGAGGAAAGGAACGAGGGAACGCGGGAGGAAUAGUUCGAAUGAUGAUGCAAGCGAUCGAAGAAGCGGUAAAGGAAAUGCUUUUUGUAAGCGUAUCGAAGCGUAAGCAUAUAUGGUGAGCGGAUACUGAAAACAAAGGAAAAAGCAAAUCCAACACUUCAAAUGGAACACAGCACCACUAAACGGCAGAAUGAUGAUCAUAAUAAAUCAAAAAACAUCCUUAAAAAAAGCUGAAACGCGGACAUAGAAACCAAAUUGUUGACACGCAAGCUAUGAAGCUACAGAGAGAUAGAGCGAUAGCAGUUGAAACCACGGCACUUACUGGAGGCGGGGUAACUAGGAGCGGAUCACCGAGAUCAUGCGGAUCUGUUCAUGAUCCGGAUAGUUGGGAAUGGCUUUCAACUUUUCCACCGCUGGUGAUUCUCUCUUCGGUUAUACCGCGCUUUUCGCUGCUGAGUCAGAUUUCCUGCUGUUAAUGUUCAUACUGCGAAGGUACUCGAUCAAUCCAAUCAGGACAGCUGCUGAUGUUUGAAGAGUGUUUUUUUCAUAUAGCUGAACAACAAUACCAAGAUGAAUGUGUGGAGUGGGACAAAUGCGGUGAUGGCGAGAAUGUCCUACGGAAAACUUAUUUUUUAGUUAAUAAACAAUUAUGUUCGCUUGCGGCCGCUAAUCACCCACACGCAAAACACAAUAUCGUGCUGCAAUCUGUUUGGGGAUUUGCAUUUGUUUUCCAAAGUGGUGGACCUCGGUGAUUAGGUUUAUCCUUCGCGUUGAUUCGGUCGUUUUGUGAUUAAGAAAGCGGAGUAAAUGAACAAUGAAUGCGCAUCUUGCUCCCAUUAGGACUGAAAAGCGGAUAUGAUCAAUCGAUGGAAUAACCCGCACUGUAUGACUCUGAUGAUGAUCCCCACGUGUGUAUUUUGGAUGGGUGAAUGAUGCUGUAGUAGCAAUUGAAUUUCUUGUUUUCGCAUUCGAUAUUUAAAAAUGAACAAAAAGAAAACUACUAAUUACCCACUAAACUGUAGCCUUUACUUUUUUCUUUUGUAAUGAUGAUACCGAUGCUGAUGAUGGUAGGGAUAGGCAUAGAGCCUUUGAAUGGGAAUUUCGCUUCCUCAGAAAGUUUGCUUCUAAUCGGAGAAUAUUCCGAGGGUGAUAACUUUGCUGGCACAUCAUGAAAUAGAAUGAACAACUCUCCAGCAUCAGGCAGUGCUGGCCCAAUUUUUAAAAAUAUCCUCGUGUAAUAACACUCACAUUCAUUAAAUCUAUAAAAAAAGACCAAAUCCCGUCAGAUUUGAGGCUGUGCAACACUAGUUAUCAAGAAAUAAGUCAACGAAGAGCCUGUGGAAAGCAUUCAACUUAACUUGUUCCACCAUAAGAAGUUCCGCUGGUUCGUAAUUCCGUACCCUCUUGCUGCAAAGGAAUGAGACCGUUCGAUGCUACUUUUCGCUUCUUUUCUGGCACUAGAAGCCUAUCCUUUGUAUGCUUGUCUGCUUCCAUCAGCGCCCUCGGACACGCUUGAUUCCCGUAUUCGAAGAAGUAACUCGUAAAGGACACUACAUAUACCGAGCAAGGCGCAAGAAACGGGAUCAACUUGGAGCGAACAUAAAAAAGUAACGCAAAUAUUAAAAAUAAAUAUAGAGCGUAACUUAAACAAAAGGAAAAGUUAUCUGUGUUUUUUAAAGUUCGAAAAAGCAUCUUCUCUUUUCAAGUCACAAUUUCCACUGUUCCAGGUGGGAGCAGGAAUAGGUUCAUUCAUUAUGCAAUUCAGUC